AUGCGACCCCUCCAUAUUGUUCUUAGCCUUGGUUUGGCCGCUGCAGUUAUAUGGGAUGGACCAAAGUCGACGGAUCCAGCAAAUCUGAUUACUGCGAGUAUCAGUCCGAAGCCUACUCAAGCUACCGAGCUGGUAAGAAGAAAGAGAGAUGCCUGGCCUGCAAGCUUCUGCGGAUUCGUGGGUGGUAUUUCCUGUGAGUUUCUCCAACAGGUAAAGGGAUGUUUGACUGAAGGAGUAGCUCUUGGUGCGACUUGCUCUCCGCAUUCGUCUUGUGUUUGGAACACCGAUUACUUCGUCGUUGGAUGCUGUGCAACCGAGAGCAAGGCUUGCCUGUUUUUUACUUCGUGCAUUGAUAAGAACUCGCCAGCUACCGCCGCAGAUGACUCUCUCGUUUUCACAUGCCGUGGAACGAAAACAUGUUUCCAAAACAACUAUCCCUCGAACUACAGGCAAUGGGGAUGCGGAUACAAUGCCACUUUCAUCGCCCUAACAUACGAGAACAUGAGUGCGGACGCAGCAACAAUUCAACAGGCAUUCAUUGGAACCGCCGAACUCCUGGCCAUGACUACAGUGACAGCAACAACGAUUUCCACAAUCACAGCUGUUUCAGAAUCUUCGUCGAAAAGCCCUAGUACUGGUACAAUCGUCGGAGCGGCGGUUGGAGGGUCGGCUAUCUUCGUUGUCGGAGCUGUCAUUAUUGCUGCUCUAUUGUUGAGGCGCAGGCAAAACACCCAGCCAGCCAUAUCAGGACCAAUCAGUCCCAUAAGCAGUCCAGGGAUGACAGGCCAAGGGAGCGCUCAGAUGGUCGGCUUCCACCAUCCGACAGGCAGUCACUUCAACAGAGACCAAUUCCAGCCCAUUGUGCUGGCUACAGGACAUUCUCCUGGAAAUUCGACAUAUUCCCAUCCGCAAUUUGAUCAGGGCUACCCGCCUCCGCAGCCCAGUCUAAAUCAUAUAGAUGGAAUAUAUCAGGCUUAUCGACCGCCCCAGUCACCGGGCCCGCUGCCUAUGUCUCCAACACCCCGAGAGAUGGAUGCUCGAAGCACAAGAAGUUUUGGGGUAAUGUCGAGGAAGCCUGUGGCUGGCGACGAAGAUGUGGCUCCGCCUUUGCCAUUCACGUCUCCUUCACGUUGA